UCACUGUAGCUCAGCCCAGCUCAGUUCCAGUCCCCGCUCCAGCUCAGCCCAGCCAAAAGAAGGCUUCUGCAGCAGCUGAGAGCGACUACGGACACUUCUCUCAGCUAGUACAAAUAUAGCGCAGAAAGGCAAAAGAGCGAGAAGGGGGAGAGAGAGAGAGAUGGCUACCCCGCGCGGCAAUCCACUGGCCUUCACGCGGUGGCCCGUGACUCUCAUUACGACCGCCGUCUACCUCGCCUUUGUGAUCCCCCUCCUUGUCGUCCACCACGUGCUCCCCUCGGCGCCCAGUGCAUCCUCCACCCCCAACGGUCUCGAUCUCCACGAAGCUUGGGCCGAUCUGCAGGUCCUGACCAACGGGUACCAUCCGUAUAAUUCGCGCCGGAACGACGAGGUCCGAGAUUGGCUUCUCCGCCGAGUGAAGGAGAUUGUCCACGACAACAACGCGGAUACACCCGGGCAGUCUGACCACAAGGCUAACCGGUACCAGGGCUUCCAUGAGCCUCCUACGAUCUACAAUGCCGACGACGAAACUCGACCCACCGUCUACAUCUUCGACGACAACCAGUCCAACCUCUCCUUCGUCGGCAAUACCCUCAAGUCGUCCAACACCGCGGUCUACUUUGAAGGCACCAACCUCCUAGUCUACAUCCGUGGAGAGGAUGAUGAUGAUAUUGACCUAGUUCUGGGGUCGGAGGGAGGAAGCGGAGGUGUGCUGGUGAACGCCCACUAUGACAGCGUCUCCACCGGCUAUGGCGCGACGGAUGACGGGGUCGGCGUCGUCACCUGUCUUCAGUUGAUCAAGUACUUCACCACCCCGGGCCAUGCCCCGCGUCGCGGCGUGGUGGUGCUCUUCAACAACGGCGAGGAGGAUUUCCUCAACGGAGCGCGCGUGUUCAGCCAGCACCCGCUGUCCAAGUUCACGCAGACCUUUCUGAAUCUGGAGGGGGCCGGCGCCGGUGGUCGGGCGAUCCUGUUCCGAGGUAGUGACACCGAAGUGACGAGGAACUAUAGGCGCGCGAAACACCCGUUCGGGUCCGUGUUGGCGGCCAAUGGGUUUGAGGUCGGCCUCAUCAGUUCCCAGACGGACUAUGUCGUGUUCAAAGGAGAUCUGGGCAUGAGGGGCUUGGAUGUCGCGUUUAUGGAGCCUAGGGCCAGAUAUCAUACCGACCAGGAUGAUUCGAGGCACACGACAGUGGAGAGCCUGUGGCACAUGCUGGAGGCGGCGGUGAAGACGACCGAGGGGCUGGUUAGUGAUGAUAGUAGCGAUGGUGGGAAGAGAGGAUCGCGCGGAGUGUGGUUCGACCUCUUCGGAGCGACCUUCGUGGUGUUCCAGCUGCAUACCUUGUUUGCGCUGUCGGUGACGAUGCUCAUUGUCGCGCCCCUGGGCUUGUUGGUCACGAGUGUUGCCCUGAGCCGGGCCGACAAGAUGUACCUGUUCCGGUCCACGGUCAAGUCGUCGCUCGACGAUGGGGAGGCCGUGUCGCUGCAGGGACUGCGCGGGUUCUUCCGGUUCCCCUUUCUGUUUGUGAUCCCGACGGCCGUCACGGUUGGGUUGGCGUACCUGGUGACCAAAGUCAAUCCGUUGAUCAUCCACAGCAGCGAGUAUGCGGUGUGGGGUAUGAUGCUGUCGGCCUGGACGUUUCUGGCCUGGUUCGUGUCGCGCGUCGCCGACUUUGCGCGCCCCUCGGCCUUCCACCGCAUCUAUACUUUGACGUGGAUGUUUGUGCUCGCCUGGGUGAUGUUGGUGAUUGCGACGGUCUACGAGAACCAGUGGGGUCUGGCUGGCGGGUAUUGGGUUUUCUUCUCCUUCUGUGGCACGUUCCUGGCCACCUGGAUUUCCUAUCUGGAGCUGUUCGCCCUGCCUCGGAAGUCAGAGUACGCCAGUCAGUAUGCGCCGGUGCCGGCGUCGUCGCGCCGUCCCAGCAGUUAUGGCGGCAGUCGACUGGGCACAGCCUCGGGCGAGGAACACACCUCGGAGCACGACGGAGACGAGCACGUCGAUUCCGACGACGAGCAACCCACCGAGUCGACGUCUCUGCUGGGAGGCGGCCAGCGUACGACCUUUGCCAACUACGUGCGCGUCACGGGGGAGCAUGAGGGCCCCGACGAACCCAGCGACCCACACGUCUACGGCCACGAGCAACGCUGGAGCGCACACCUGCCGAAAUGGACCUGGGUGCUGCAAUUCCUGCUGACGGCACCGAUUGUGCUCAUCAUGGUCGGGCCCCUGGCGUUGCUGCUAACCAGCGCAUUGCAUCAAACCGGCCAGGACGGCAGUUCCUCUCUGUUCAUCUACAUCGCCAUCGCAGCCCUGACUACCUUCCUUCUCACCCCGCUCCUCCCUUACAUCCACCGCCACACAUAUCAUAUCCCUCUGUUCUUGCUGGCGAUUUCCUUGGGGUGCCUGAUCUACAACCUGGUCGCGUUCCCGUUCUCGGCGUCCAACCGCCUGAAGAUCUUCUUCCACCAGGAGAUCAACCUCGACACGGCCGCAACCAACGUGUCGCUGAUCGGGAUCUCGCCCUUCGUCGCCCAGGUGGCUCACGCGCUCCCAAGCGUCCACGGCCAGGAGCUGGUCUGUAGUGCGCUCGCUGCACGCACGAAGUGCUCCUGGCCCGGUCCCAUGCCAGAUGUUGUGCCCUCGGCGCCCGAGGACUACAAAUCCUGGCUGACCUUCAACGUGUCCGCCACGGAGUCCUCCUCGCAUUCCGCGGAGCAAGGCGACAACCUCCAAACCGCUCAGAUCCAACUGUCCGGCCUCAACACCCGCGCCUGCAGGAUCACCUUCGACACCCCCAUCUCCUCCUUCAGCGUGGCCGGCAGCGCGUACGACCCGCGCUUCCCGCACACGUCCCCGCUGGGCACGCAAGAGAUCCGCCUGUGGAGCCGCGAGUGGGAGAAUACUUGGACCGUGGACGUGGAGUGGACCGUGCCCCCGCCGUCCCUCGCGCCGCCCACCACGGAGGUCGUGACCGAUGCCGCGUCCGGCGAAGAGUACGUCCUCGUCGACUCCCUGUCUUCAGCUGCAACUGGCGACGACAAGGAGGAUAAGGCCAAGUUGAAAGGACGGGUCGUCUGUCUCUGGAGCGACCACAAUCGCAUCGGAGCCAUCCCCGCCCUCGACGAGGUGAAACAGUAUGCGCCGGUCUGGGUGGCUGCUACCAAGUUCUCGGAUGGGUUGGUGGAGGGGUAUAAGGAAUUCGAGAUUUGAUUUGAUUUUUCCUUUGAACGUUUGUUUCCAUGUCUUCCAAGCCUGAUAGCUCCUGAUUAGCUUUUUCUGGUAGGUCAUGGCUUCGGCUUUGGCCUGACCUUACCUUUACCUUGCUUUAUUUUUGCAUCCGAUUGUAUGCUCUGCUUCUUGUUUGGUGUGUGUAAUGUCCCUGUGGGACUCGGGUUUAGCUUUUAUGGAAUGUCUGUGUUGUUGUUUGGGAGGCUUGGUGAGGGUAGGUUGG